AGUGCGCUGGAAUCGAAAGCUAGAAGUUGUACAGUCUCCUCAGCAAGCGCUUCCCGGUUACAGAGCGUAGCUGAUAUUUUAAAAGAUAUCGGUUGCUGCGCAGACAAUAUUAAACCAGCCCUGUGGAAAUGUAUACACAAUCUAUACAUAAGAAUACAACCAUAGCAGGUGCUUGCAGAUAAUAACUCUGGGGAUUGUUCUCAUCAUGCUGUGUUUGUUGCAGUGCAGCUGAGGCUAUAAAAGCGUUGUCACCAAGGAUGGAGCAAAGUGCGGACGAUUUGCCUUUAAUGGCCAACACAAGUCACAUUCUUGUGAAACAUUAUUUUGUAGACCUUGACGUGUGCUUUGACAGUCAAGUCAUCACUGGUAUCAUUGUUUUGUUUCUCAACCCAGUUAGUGAACAUGAAAGACUUGCGAAAGAAGCUUGCCCAGUUCAGCCAUCUAAAACCUGCAAAAAAGAGGAAUCUGAAAGUUUGUCUCAUGCACCGCCCGUCAGAUGCUGCUUGUCAAACACCAGGAAGGAAUACCCAGCUGUCUGUACAAUAGGUGAGAACGAUACUUCUACAAAGUAUGAGCACUAUGGCAACAAUAAUCGGGCCUCUGGGAAUACUUGUUCAGAGAGCCGCUGUGACAGAGGGAAUCAUGGGAGUAGGGAUUUCGUUUUGGUGCUGGACUGCUGUGAUUUAUCCGUGUUAAAGGUCGAGGAAGUGGAUGUCGCCGCUGUGCCAGGUAUUGAAAAAUGCAUGAGCUCUCCUUGGCCAGGGGAGAAGUCUGAAGAGCAGAGAAGUCUCAGCAGUGAAAUGUUAUCUGAACUUGUGGCACUACCUGACAGCCCGUGGAAAGAACAGCUGUGUUACUAUACUCGCUGUAGCCAGGCACCUGGGUGCGGGGAACUCGCGUUUGUCUCGGACACAUGGAGCCUUCAGAUCAGCAAACCAGGAGUUGAGAUGCCAAGUAAAUUCCCCUCGGUUAUAAGGAUAUGUUACAAAACAACUUCGCAAGGACGCUCAGUAAAGUGGACCAAAGACCAAAGUGGAAGGCCAUGUGUCUAUACCAUUGGAUCUCCAAUUAACAACCGAGCACUAUUUCCAUGCCAAGAGCCACCAGUGGCUAUGUCAACAUGGCAGGCCGCAGUCCGAGCUGCUGCUCCUUUUGUUGUUUUAAUGAGUGGUGAAAACUCUUCUACCCCAAAGCAUUGUAAUGAAGGGUUCCAGAGGUGGUUCUACUAUGUAACGAUGCCCAUGCCUGCGUCUACUUUUACCAUUGCUGUUGGAAGUUGGGAUGAAGUCAAAGUAAACCCCAGUAGAAGUGUAAGAAGCAUGGAUGCUUGUUUGCCCUUAAACAUGGAUUUCAGCAGGUCACUGAUGCAGGAAUGCAAUCACAAGGAUUAUCCAUGCCGUUUCAGCUGUCCUGAAGCUCGGACACAGGCUUUGAUUCCCCACCGAAUCUUUGCCCCGCGUGGAUUGUUGAACACGUGUAUUGAGAUCUUGCUUCCUCUACUUCCUCGAUGCCUGGAGGCCGCUCAUGCCGUGUUGGGUACCCAUCCCUUUUGUAGACUUGAUAUCUUGAUUGUUCCACCCAACUUCUCUAGUUUAGGAAUGGCAAGCCCACACAUCAUGUACCUGUCUCAGAGUGUGCUGUCGGGAAGAGACCAUCUCUGUAUGGCACGUGUUUGCCAUGAAAUUGCACACGCCUGGUUUGGUUUAGCCAUCGGUGCACGUGAUUGGACAGAAGAAUGGAUAAGUGAAGGAUUUGCUACCCAUCUGGAAGAUGUGUUUUUAGCAGAAGUUAAAAAGUUGUCGCUAGAAGAAACAAAAGAACAAAAUGAGUUGAAAGCUUUGAUUCGAUAUCAUCGUCUUGCUGAUGAAGUCAGAAAUUCCCAGGAAGAAUUGCAGAUAUUAAGACCCCAUGGAGAGAAUACUGGGGAAGUGAGUGAAUCUGGAGCCUCCAUAGUCCGACAUGGCCUCAAUGCUGAGAAAACCUUCAUGCAAAUGCAUUAUUUAAAGGGUUAUUUCCUCCUGCGUUUCCUUGCAAACAGAAUAGGACAUGGCACUUACCUUUCCUUUCUAAGAAAAUUUGUGAAUAAAUUUCAUGGACAGUUAAUACUUUCUGAGGAUUUUCUCCAAAUGCUGCUUGAAAGUAUUCCUGAGCAAAAUAAACACGGUCUGUCUGUUGAAGCCAUCUACCAAACCUGGCUUGACCCUCCUGGGAUGCCAAAGCCCUUGCUGGAGGAAAGCCAUACUUUGCAGGCGAACCGAUUGGCUCAUGAAGUGAACGAAGAGGUCUCCAAGUGGAUUCAGUCGGACCGAAGGAGCAGGCGAGGCAACAGACGGAAAAAACAGCGUGCUGAAGAAUUUGAUGGAAAGAUUCAUCCGGAUCAACUGGUUUUCCUCCUGGAUUUGCUGCUAGAAGAGAAAUCAUUAAGCACCAAAACUCUACGCAGCUUAAAGGAAGCGUACAAACUGAACAGUCACGAUGUAGAGGUUCAACACAGAUGGUGUGAACUGGUUAUUAAGCAUAAGUAUACAGCCGCCUAUAAGGACGUGGAAACUUUUCUGCAGCAUCACCAGGCUAUGGGUGUGUAUCUCUACGGAGAAUUAAUGGUGAAUGAGGAUGGCAGACAGCAAGAACUCGCAUGCAGAUGCUUUGCUGCUGUCAGAGAUCAAAUGGAUGUAUCCUGUGUAAAAGUGGUGGGAGAAAUGUUGUGUGAAUAGAAAGCCCAUCUUAACCUGAUUUAAACUUGAUAGAAGACAUUACUGUGGUCAGAUUACUUGGCUUCAUACGGAGUAGAACAAUAUUUUAUUUGGCGUAGGGUCUUCAGGGAAUUUACGUUGCCUAAAAAACAAAGGGAUUCUAUGAUUUUUUACAAUGAAAUUGUGAUAAUCCUAUACAUAAGACCAUGUUUUGCUGCCCUAUGCUGUCAUAUACAAAAUAAAUCCUGUUUUACUGGGAAGCACAAAGCACA